AUGAUGCAGGAGACGCCGCCGAGUGGCCCACCUGGUCCAACCCUCUUCGUGACUGGCCUCCCUGUCGAUUGCACCAACGACUUCUGCAAGUCCAUCUUCGGGCAGUAUGGCAUCGUGAAGGACGCUCGGAUGCUCCCGGUUGCUCCGGGCAAAACAGCCGCUGCGGCGGUUGUGGAGAUGAACACCGCAGAUGAUGCGAAGUGGAUCGUGGAGCAUGUGAAUGGCAACGUCCCGCAGAGCCUGACAACCCCCGUCACUGUUUCCUUCAAGUUCAAGGGAAAGGGCUUCGGGAAGGGUUUUGACAAAGGUGGACUUGGGGGAGCUCUUGGGGCGCUUGCAGGCCUUGCCCCUGCCUUGGAGAUGGCUGGAAAGGGCAAAGGUGCGGAGGGCGGCGGAAACCCUGCUGCAGCGGCAUUGUUGCAGGCAUUGGUUCCUUUGGUGGCUGCUGUUGCUGGAGGAGGAAAGGGCGCGUGGUAUCCGCCCAAGCCACCUCCAGGCAUGCAGAUUUGCCGGUAUUUCGAAGCCGGAGUUUCAUGCCCCAGGAACGGUUGCCAUUUUUGGCAUGGGGAUGGGGAUACCAGCACGGAUCCAGAUGCGAAGCCGGCAGCCGGCCCGGAGGCAGUUCCGGGCGCACCUGGUGCAACCGUAGGCGCACUCCCCGGAAUCCCGGGUGCAGUUCCAGCAGCAUUUCCGGGUGCAGUCCCGGGUGCCGGUUUUGGGCUUCCCAUGGGAAAUGGCAUGGCAGGCGGUGGCUAUUGGUGA